CGGGUCCGUAGCCAUUUUGGCUCAAGCCUGCUCGGGCGCGCGCGCGCAGCGUGUGCUUGGGAGCGAUGGCGACGGGAGGGGACCCUCCGCGGUUCCCCCGCUCGCGCGGUGAGCGCAGCGAGGCUGCGCGGCGAGCCCGUGCCGCGGCCGAUGCGGCCGUGCGGCACGCCCGUGCGCGCGCCGGCGAGCUGGAGAAAGAGGUCGCACGCCUCAGGGAGGUCAUCGCGGGCCUCACGGGUGGCGUGCCUGCUGCCGAGCCUGGCUCGUGGCAGGACAGGGAGGCGGCCGCUCGGCCCGCCCUGAUCCUGGCCUCUGGCGGCCGGCCCGUGCCAGGGGCCGUGAGAUUCCGCCGGAACACGGCCUUGCACGCGGCUCGUGCGCCUGCUGCGGGGUUUGCGGCGGCACCGCGGGCUGGCUUGGCCUGGGCGGCGGCGGGUCCGCGCCUUGGAGGCGUGCUCGGCCGGGGGGCGGCGGCCGCCGUCGUGUGCGAGGUCGAGAUCUGCGAGUGCGAGGUGCCCGCGCGGCCCUCCCCUCCGGCCCCGCCGCGACGUGAGCUGCCAGAGGCGGCCGACGCGAGGCGCACGCCGCUUAGCUCCGCGCUCUCGGAGCAGCUCGGCUUGCUGCAGGGCGACCUGGCGAAGGUGUCUGGGCGGAAGGGCGCGCUCGAGGAGGGCGCCGAGCUCACGGUCGAGCUGGAAGCGCUCCCGCAGCGGCUGUGCGCGCUGGAGGACACCGCCGAGCCCAAGGCCGAACUGGAGUCGCUCUCGGAGCAGCCCACGGUCGAGCUGCAGGACGACCUGGCGGCGCGGUCCGUUCGGCAGGGCGCGCUCGAGGAGGGCGCCGAGGCCAGGGGCGAGCUGGAGGUGCUCUUGCAGCGGCCGUGCGCGCAGGAGGCGACCUCCGAGCAGCUGGUCUCGCAGAAGGGCGACCUGGCGGCGCUGUCCGAGCGGCAGGGAGCGCUGGAGGAGGGCACCGAGCCCAAGGGCGAGCGGGAGGUGCUCUCGAAGCCGGCCUCCCGCCACGCGUUCAGUGAGAGCUUGUUUUACUUCCUGGACGAUUUCGCGGUGGCGGCGGUGCUGUGCGUGGCCAUUGGGCCCAAGACGGGAGUUGAGGCACUCCUGAGCUCGGCCGAGGCCCGCUUUCUCGGCGUCCGCCCCAGCACUGCAGGCUGGCCAGAUGCCGAGGAGCGUGAGCGUAUCCUCGAAGGCCGCCUGCAGGUCGUCCAGAUUGCGUGCGGACGCUAAUUCCGUUUGCUCCGUGCAUUUGCAUUUCUUGUAUUUGAAUGUGUACGUGAGCUAACAAUCGGUGCAGCUUCGCUGCUUGCCUUGCGUGCGGACGCUAAUUCCGUUUGCUCCGUGCAUUCGCAUUUCUUGUAUUUGUAUGUGUACGUGAGCUCUUCUGUGCAGAUUCGCUGCUUCUGCAUGCCUCUCGGCACUGCCCGCCCCCGUGGCCCUGGGGCCUAGGCGCCCCCGUUGGCCCUGGCGGGCGUCUGGCGCUCCGCGCCCCCCCUGCGGUGGCCCCUUUCGGGCCCCCAGGGCUGGCCCUUGAGGCCCUGGGGCCAAUGGGCUCCGUGGGCCUCGGGCUUCUUCUAGCCUUCAUAGGCCCCGCACGACACGACACACAGGAGCACGGCAGACUCCACAGGAGCACGGCAGACCACAAAGGAGCACGGCAGACCACACAGGAGCCCGG